AUGUUUAAGACUGUAUUUGUAUUGUCCAUAUUUGUUAUGGUUCUCUUCUUCCUCUCACCAGCAGCCGAGGCAAAGGGACCAUCUGUUACUGAGAAGGUAUUCUUUGAGAUAGAGAUCGAUGGUGUAAAUGUAGGAAAGAUAGUUAUGGGUCUUUAUGGUAAGACUGUACCAAAGACUGUUGAGAACUUCAAGGCUCUGUGCACUGGUGAGAAGGGCACUGGUCAAUCGGGCAAGCCAUUGCAUUUCAAGGGAAGCAAGUUCCAUCGUAUUAUCCCCAACUUUAUGAUCCAAGGAGGUGACUUCACCCGUGGCGACGGCACUGGCGGCGAGUCGAUCUUUGGCAAGAAGUUCGACGACGAGAACUUCAAGCUCAAGCACACCAAGGUCGGCUUGUUGUCAAUGGCCAACGCUGGUCCAAACACCAACGGCAGCCAGUUCUUCAUCACCACCGCCAUCACCUCCUGGUUGGACGGCCGUCACGUUGUCUUUGGCGAGGUCGUCGAGGGUAUGGACAUUGUCAAGCAAGUCGAGGCUGUCGGCUCCCAGAGCGGCACCCCAUCCAAGACCGUUGUCAUUGUCAACUCUGGUGCCAUCUAA